AUGCUGUUUAAACUGCCCACUGCCCUCAAGAAAAUAAAGUCAAAGCCAACACCAUCUGGACUCCUGCUUCCCCAACUCCUCGAACGCGUCUUUGAUUUCAUUGACGACGACACCAUCCACGAUACCAUCAUCCUCGUUACUCGGAACGACUCUUCAAAGACCAGCGGUGCCAGGCGUCUCGACAAAUUCAUCUCGCGACUCCCCAGUGCGACACGUCUGAAAUGGACCACUAGAUACAGCGAUCUUGUAUCUCCAGACGACCAAAAAAUUCUCCAGGCACUUGAACGAAUCAACAACAGCAAGGACCAGAGUAGCAUCGCAGACAACGGCGGUCUUCGAGCAGCAGACCUUACUGGAUCGUACCUGCGCGAGUCACCUAACCUCCUCCACCUCAAGGCUAGUCAGUCGUUUUGCCUGAUCGAGAGAAUGGAUCUCUUUGGUCGCUGGAUGCCCCUGCCCAGAUACGGGGAGGACGCCUACCGUCAACCAGGCAUCCGGAUGUGUCGCCAGCUCCAGACUCCCCAUAUCGAGGUCCAUAACCUAGGCUCAGCCGAUCGUCAACUAUCACCUACCUGUAGUCAUUUCCUCUUUGGAUACUUCUCCAGGUUGUGCCCCAACCUUCGCGACAUAGAGACUUGGGAACCUGAAAACAUUCCUGGUUUAUUUCUCGAGCUCCCUGGUGGGCUCUGUCUGCUGGUCCGUUUCCGCCUCUUGGAAACCCUCCAUAUUGGGUCUGGCAAGAACCCGCAGACCCUCAUGACUCGCGAUGAUAAGUGA